GAGUCGUACCGGCGGGACACAAAUAUAUGAGAAAAAUCAUGAAAGCGGAUAAAUCAAGCACGUUUUCGAUCAAAUGUGACAAAGCCGUGCAUGUUGUGGAAUUUUGUCCCUACGAGUGGGCUGAUAACUUAUUUGCAUAUGGAACUGUGUCGAAACUAACAAUUGGUAAAUUACAGGAAGAUCAGCAAAGCAUUGGUUUUGAUUUUGAGGAACUGCGAAGUUUUUCACUCAACGGAGCAAGACCAGUAGCCCUUGGUUGGAGCCCAGAAACAUCACUAACCCUUCUUCCCAGGGUUAUAAAGUUUGCAACAGCCAAUCACGAUUUCAGUGUGAGAAUUUACUCUUCGCACCUCACAGAUGAUGACAAAGUGCAGGUUGCUGAAGGACAUCAGGACUACGUCAACGAUGUUGUCUUUGAACCGCAUAGCGGUGAACGGCUGGCUUCCGUAGGCGACGACCGAACAUGUAUCGUAUGGGACCCAGACGGCAACCAGUUGCAGCGUAUUCGUCUUUGCGGCGAAGGAGUGACUGUCAGGUGGCAUCCCCAGCAAGCCGAGCAGCUGUUAGUUGCCGAGAGAAAAGGAUGCGUGCGGAUAUUGAGUCUGCAGACAGAGCGGAUACUGAUGUCGUUGGCGGUGGGACCGAGUGAGGCAACGUUGUUCUCUGCAGACUGGUGUCCGCUUAACCCACUUCUCGUCUGCGCGGCCGUGACAAACAAGUGGCACGUGUGGGACAUGUCGAAAUCAAACCGGCCGAUAACAAGUGCGGAGACUCACGUGCAAGGAGCCAGGUUCAUUCGGUGGUGCAGCAGUGACAGUAGCCUAGUAGCCGUCGCCGAACACAUGACGAAACAACUGCGCGUCUAUUCGCUCAAUUCACCCCAACCUGUCUUGUCCACAACACUUCUCUGUUUGUCAAGUGCACCCAGCUGGCAUAAUCGCAUUCCACUUGUUGCUAUGGGAAUGGACAGGAAAGUCUAUUUUUGGAGCCUGGAGAAAAAGAAACUGAUUUCUCAACAUGCCUCAUAAUAUAUAUAUAAUGUUUUAGAAGGCUGUUUCAUCAUAUGUAUUUAUACAAAUUUCAACGAAUCUUUAAAUAAAGAGGGCGUGACACAAUUAGAAACUUA